AUGUAUAAAUUUAAUUUUUUAAACAAUUCAAAAAAUUCAACAUUAAAUUCAUUAAAUUCAUAUAAAAUUACAAACAUAAUAUCGACUAAUUCAAAAAUUUCAAAUAUAACAGUAACAACGCCACCAUCAUUGUCAUUAUUAAAAUAUUUUCAAAAUAAUUCAUCAUUAAUAAAAUUAACUUCAAAACCUACAUCUACACAAUCAAUACCGAGGAUUUCCUUUUUAGAUUAUUCAAAUCGUCAUUCUAAACAUCUUUUUUCUUUAAAGAAUAAUCCAUACAUUAAAAGUUUAUUGCUUUCUAAUACUCAAUUAUAUAGUACAAAUGCAAGGCAUGUUGACGAUUUUUUUUCGCAAGAAAAUCAUAAACAUCAAUCAGAUUCAUUUGGAGUCAACCCUGAUUUCAAUGGAGAUUUAUAUGUUGGUGCGAAUGGAUCAGGAGAGAUCGAACCAUUAUAUAUAUCAAAUAAAACACUCACUCUGGGUUCUGAUGGGAAACCAAUAAUUGAUGUGGAGAACAAAGAUAUUGAGGAAAUUUGGGUGAAUUACAAGAAACUCAGUAUUGAGCAGAUUUUAAGUUUAACUGUUUACGAUUAUAAUCACCUGCUUGCUUCAUUUCUAAAACAUUUAUCAAAAAAUUCUAGUCUAAUCAACAGGAUGCAAUCCAUAAUUAACGAAAUGGAAUUCUCAAAAGCUACUGAACCAGAUGUAUCAACUUAUAAUAUUAUAAUGACAGCAUAUAUUGAAAUUGGAGAUUUCCUGACAAUGGAAAGAUUUUUCUUUGCAGUAUUUAAAUCCGACACCAACAAUAUUCGACCAAACACCAUAAGUUACAAUAUUUUGUUGUCGGGUUUACUAAAUCAAAAACAAAAAAGGUUUGAUUACUCUUCAUCUGUACACAAGGCAGCUCGUUUAUUUUCUGUGAUGGUGGAAAAUAAUGUUGAGAGAGAUCAUAAAACAUACACAUUAUUGAUUAAAGCAUCGGGAGAAUUAAAGAGUUAUGAUAUGGCUUUACAACAUUUUAAUAAUAUGAUAAAAGAAGGAUUGGCGCCUGAUGUAAGAGUGUAUAAUUCCUUAUUAAAUGUGAUUGCCAAAACACAAAAUGAACCAGCGACAGCCAUGGAGAAGUAUAAUGAAAUGAAAUCUAAAGGUCUACAACCUACAAUUGUUACAUAUAAUAUAUUAAUAGGAUUCAUGAAAAAAAAAAAACAAAACCAUUUGGCAUUAGAAUUAUUUGAACAAAUGCAAAAAGAAAGUAUUGUGCCUGACGCAAAGAUAUUAGAAUCUGUAGACAUUACAGGUUUAAAGGCUGCCAAAGUCUUACAAGAGGAAUAUAACGUUAUACCUAAUAUAAGAGACUAUAAUUUAAUGUUAUCGACAGAAUUGAAAAGAUCGGAUUAUGACGAUGCAUUAGAAAUUCAUAAACAUAUGCUUAACAACAAAGUCAAGCCAAAUUUAUCGACCUACGCAAUAAUAAUUGAAGAUUAUGUAAGAAGUAAAGAAACAACAAAUGCAUUUGAUAUAUUCAAUGCUAUGUUGAAAGAUAAUUUGGAAACUGAUAUUGGAAUUUACACAGUAUUAGUAAAUGCAUAUUUAGAACAGAAUAAUUUAGAUAUGGCAUUCAAUUUAUUAGAUCAAAUGAAGAGUGGCGUGGCUGAGUUUAAGAUUGGAACACUAGAAUCAAUUAUCACCACAGCUGCUGAAAAUAGCAACGAGGAAUUUGUUGAAAAGAUUUUUAGUUACUUGAAAAGUUUGGGUGUUAUAAUUGACAAGAGUAUUUAUUAUAUUCUAUUGAAUAGGCUGGCAAAAUCGCCAUGGCCAAGAUAUAAAUUAGAAUAUUAUAUACGUGAAAUGGAAGAGAAUGAAGUACCCGUAAUAAGAGCUGUAUUUUUUAAUAUAAUCAGCGGAUGUUGUGAUGUGAAAAAUAUCAACGAGGCAGAAUAUUGGUACAAUAAAAUGAUUAAUGUAUAUCAAUUAAUACCAAAUCCAAAAAUUUUAACAACAUUGAUGUAUACCUUCAUAGAUAAUAGAGAUUUAUACAAUGGUAUAAAUUACUUUAAGGAAUAUUUUAGGUGGAAAGCUCAACUUCUUGAAUAUGAAGUUAUGAAUUUGUUGGAUUUAUGUGAGAGAUUAGGCGCUCGGAAAGCUUUAAGUUAUAUAAUAAAUCUGCUAGGUGAAAAUGGAUAUCAGGAAUAUGUACAUAAAUAUGAGAUUAGAAGACAAUUGAUUGACAAUAAAAUGGAAACGAUCAAUUGGUUAAAUAGACAUGUAUCAUCAGCAUCAAAUAGAAAUUUAAAAUUAUUUAUUAACAAAGAGAAGUAUGCUGUAAAAAAAAAUAUUAUUUAUAAGAAAUUAGAUCAUAAUGCUGCUAUUAGAAUAAAAAAUUGGAAACCUUAUAGUGAAAAUAAUAAACAAUAA